AUGAAUUAAGAGUAAGGUUCACAAUCUGAUAAUUCUGAAAUUUUAUAAUUCUAAGACAUUCAUGAGAUUGAAUAAUAAUAAUUAAACGAAUUUAUUGAAAAUGAAAAACCUAAAUUAAAAUAGCUAUCAUAAUAAUAUUAAAAUUUAAUCUAGUAAUAUUUUAAUGAAUUAAAUAAAGAUGAGAGUAAAAAUAACAUAAAGAAAUUUGUGGAUGAUUAAUUAAAAACGUAUUCUAAAGAUGUAGAAAAAAUAAUUAAAAAAUAAUAUGAUAGAUUUAAAUCCGAGAAAGAAUCACAUAUUAAACAAAUAAAAUAGUUAAUAUAGAAGCACUAAUAACAAAAUUACUAAAAAAAUUAGGAAAUAGAUGAAUUAACUUAAAAAUUGAAUGAAGCAAAUAAUUUAUUAAAUAUAAGUACUUUUAAGGAUGAUAAUGUAUACUCAAAGUUAACUCAAAUUAGUACAACGUUAGAAAAAACAUGUGAGACAACUAUUUAAGCAAGUUAAUAAUUAGGUAUUUAAAAUUUAGAUCAAAUACAAUAAUAAAUUCAAAUGAUAAAAUAAAACAUUACAGGAGAUACUGAAAUAUAAUUAAAUAGUUACUAAACUUAAUUAAAUCAAAAAGAACAAUUAAUAGCAUAAUUAUAAAAAGAAAUAUUGGAUUAUAAAAAUUAAGAAAGAAAUAAUAAUUCAUCAGCCAUUUUAACUAAAAAGAUGGAAGAAUUCUUAUAAAAAUAUUAAAAUUAGUUUAAUUAAGCAGAUUAAAUAAAUUAGAAGACUAAUUAAAUUGUAGAAAUUAAUAAAGAAUUGAAUAAACUCAAUACUUUAUUGAACAAUGAGAAUGAAAAAUUAAAAAAUUAAUAUGAAGAAGAAAAAAAUAAAGCUAUUCAUAAAUAACUUGAAGGAUGUUUUAAAUUAUAGGAUAGAUCUCUGUUAUAUAUAUAAUUAGGUCUCAAAAUAUUUUAAUAAUAUUACUAUUCUCAUAUCGAUAAUAACAAAAAAAUAUAAAGUUAAAUAGAUAGGCUAAAUAAAUUUCAUUAAAAUUAUUAAAAAAAAGAAAAUUUCAAAUUAAAAGAUUUAGAACAAAUUGAAUAAUUCUAUAUUAAAUAAGAAUAAGAGCUUAAGAAUUUAUUUGAUGAUUCUCUCAACGAAUAUAAAAAUUUAUUAAAUGAAAUUACAUAGAGAAGAAAAUAAAUGAUAUUUUAAUAGAAUGUAUGA